CUCAGAGAGCCGUGGGGGUGGCGCUUGGGGCCAUGGUUUAGCACUACAGUGGGAUUGGGCUGAUGGUUGGACUGCAUGAGCUGAGAGGGCGUUUCCAACCUUAAUGAUUCUGUGAUUCCGUGAAUCUGAGGGGGGAGCAGGCUGGGACCCAAAAGCACGAAGCAGCAACUGCCCAUCCACCCAUGGCUGUGAGGUGGGCUCAGGGUGACGGAGCCGCGGGGCCAAAAGCAGCCCCUUCCCUUCCUCCUUUUCCUCCCUUCCCCACCCAGGGUGGCCAUGUGCGUAGGGACGUGCAGCCGGAUUGUGGGGCUCUGCUUGCUGGUGCUGGGCACGCUUUCUGUGGCAGCCAACGUCCUCCUGCUCUUCCCUGGUGGGGAACUGAAGUACCUGGUGGAGGGGCACAUCAGCAAGCACGCCAAGGUCAUGCCGGGCGUCUGGGGAGGUGGCAUCAUCGUGCUGCUGGCAGCGACCCACAUCACGGCGGUGGGAUGGCGAUGCUCCGGCUGCUCCGACUGUGGCACCCGUCGCAAUGCUUUCAUCUCUGCCGUGCUCUCCAAGCUGGCGCUCCUGGGCGCCACUGCCUGCUUCGUUCUCUCUGGAGUGGGUCUGACCAACGGGCCCCUCUGCUUCUACAAUGCCUCCCAGCAAAGCAGCGGACUCGGCACCCUCUGGGGUUACCCAUUCCUGGAUUCCGGCAGCCAGGAGCCUGACAGGACAGAGAACUACCUGUACAAUCCUCACACCUGGAGCACCUGCCUGGAGCCAGCGGGCAUUGUGGUCUGGAAUGUUGUCCUAUUUUCUCUUCUGCUGCUCUUCAGUGCUGCUGAGAUGGUUCUGGCCUCCCUCCAGAUCCUCAACGGCUGCCUCGGGUUCCUCUGUGGCUUUUGUGAGGGGAAGUAGGGGCCUGCUGUGGUGCCAGGAGGCUGGUGCUUGGAGGAGGUGUUGUCCUUGGAUGUCCCACAGCCAGUGGUGGGGAUACGGCACAAGGUAGCUGUGAUACCAGCCUGGUGCAAGACAGGCAGACAGACUACCCUUGGAGAACAGACACCCCAGCUCACGCGAGACGGCGAAGCGACGUGCGUGGGGUCGGCGUGCAAAGGGCUGCCUCCUCGAAGAGCCCUGGUAAUGCCUCUUCACCCUGGAGCAGCUGCCCUCGGGGCUGGCAGCCAUUCGGGGUUGGAAGCCCAGUGAGUGAUGGAGGUGGGGACCUGGCUCCUGGCAUCACAAACCGAGCCCAACAGCUUCCUCGGCUGCUCCUUGUCAGCCUCCACUCACCUGAGUGCAAAAUGCGACAUCACAGAAUCAUAGAAUCAUCAUAGAAUCAGCAGGUUAGGAAAGACCUUUGAGGUCGUCAAGUCCAACUGUACCCAUCCACUACUAAAUCAUUUGCAGAGAGAAAAGCUGGAAUCUUAGAAUUAUGGAAUAGUUUGGGUUGGAAGGGACCUCAAAGCCCAUCCUGUCCCUGCCAUGGGACACCUCCCACUGGAUCAGGGGCUCCAAGCCCCAUCCAACCUGGCCUGGAACCCCUCCAGGGAUGGGGCAGCCACCACUGCUCUGGGCACCCUGGGCCAGGGCCAACCGACACUCACAGGAAAGCAUUUCUCCCUCUGAUCUCAUCUCAAUCUCCCCUCGUGCAGCUCAAAACCGUUCCCCUCAUCCCGUCCCUGCCCUCCCUGAUCCAGAGCCCCUCCCCAGCUUUCCUGGAGCCCCUUUUAGCACUGGAAGCUGCUCUAAGGUCUCCCCACAGCCUUCUCCUCUCCAGGCUGAACAACCCUAAUGUUCUGUGUGGAACAUGAACUUAUUGUCGUUAAUCAGUGUGCACUUAGGGCAGCUUGUGCAGGUGUUCCUCUCCUGUGUGGGGCAGGAUGGAUGAAGGAGCUGAGGCAGGAACAGGCUGGGGCUGGAGGAGACUUAGUUGGAGUUGUGGUGAAGGAGGUAACACUGAAGACGAAGUGUAGCCCCCCCAGAGUUCACCCAGAAGCACGCAGAGAAUGUUGGGAGCAGCCACUCAUCUCCACCACGCCGGGCCCCACUGGAGGGCUGGCACAUCCCUCAUCCCUGCGUGGGGACACACGGACGGAGCCCGGGGCCUGGCAGGAAGCUGCCCCAGAUCUGACAGG